UUUCAUGCAUAUGCAGAGACCCUUUUUGGCCCAUAUUUCUUACCAACUUCCUAUUAGCUUUCCGAAGAACUAUGACCAAUUCUUGCACCAAAUACGUACCUUAAAUUCUGUUGCAUCCGUAUCCUUUGAUCAGUGUUCUUCAUCCUCUACAUGUGAUCUCUUUUUUCUUCUGCAGAGGAAGAUUGUCAAUGGUGAAGAAGCACAGAUGGAAGAUUCUCUUCCACAAGUCAUCACCGCCGCCGCCGUCGUCUCCAAUUCCGGCGGAAUUUCUGUGCCCACUGUCAGGUACAAUCAUGGCGGAUCCUGUUAUUGUCGCCUCUGGCCACACUUUCGAACGCAAUUGCGUCCUUGCCUGCGUUUCCCUCUCCUUCGUCCCCAUUCUCCCCGCCGGCGCCGCAGCGGAUUUCUCCGCCGUCAUCCCCAACAUCGCUCUCAAGUCUGCAAUUCUCAACUGGUGUCGUCUCCAGCACGUUGAGCCUCCGAAAUCGAUCGAAUUUCACUCAGCUGAAAAAAUUGUGCGGAAUCUGAUUCACCGAUUUCCGGCGACCGAGUUAGAACGAACUGUGAAGCCUCCGGCUGAUCGGAGUUCCUGUACGCCACCAACGAUUCGACCUUCGUGUUAUUCCUCCUGUUCGUCGUGUGAAACAGAAAUUUCCAGCCCUAAUUUAUCAGAAGAGGAAGAAAUCGUCGUGAAAUUGGAAAAUCCCCAAAUUCACGAGCAAGAGGAGGCGCUGAAUACACUCCGGCGACUGACACGAACUCGGGAGGAGACGCGCCUCCGUCUCUGCACGCCGCGGCUGCUCUCGUCGCUGAAAUCGCUAAUCGCUUCGAAUCAUCCGUCUCUUCAGGCGAACGCCGCCGCGGCGGUGGUGAACCUCUCCUUGGAGAAACAAAACAAGGUGAAAAUCGUCCGAUCCGGAAUCAUUCCACCGCUGAUCGACGUUCUCCACGGCGAAUUCCUCGAAUCAAAGGACCACGCCGCCGGCGCGCUCUUCAGUCUAUCCCUCGCCGACGAGAACAAAACCGCAAUCGGCGUGCUAGGCGCUCUGCAACCGCUCCUCCACUCACUCCGUUCCGAGUCCGUACGCACUCGAAACGACGCCGCUCUGGCUCUAUACCAUCUCUCUUCGGUGCAGAUCAACCAGGCGAAAUUGAUUAAGCUCGGAGCAGUUCGGAAUCUGUUAAACAUGGUGAAAUCCGGUCAUAUGUUGAGCCGCGCAAUGCUAAUCUUACGGAAUUUGGCUGCCAAUGCAGAAGGAAGGACGGCGAUGCUCGAAGGCGGCGCCGUGAAGUGCUUCGUCGCCUUACUGAGUGACGGAAAGCUGGAGUCGCCGGCGGGGCGAGAUAGGUGUUUGGCGGCGGUUUACUGGCUGAGCCGCGGCGGAUUGAGGUUUAAGGCGCUGGCGAAAGAGGCGGCGGCAGAGGAGGUUCUGAUGAAGCUGGAGAAAACAGGGAGCAAGGUCGCCGGAAGAAUUCUGGAGGCAUUGAGAGAAAAAGUAGAAUUUGAUGAAAAGGAUGAAGAAGAAGUGAAUUGGGUAGAGUUGCUUGGUUUGGAGGAGGAUGGUGUUUAAUUUGAAAACUGCAAUUUCAUUAUUACAUCACUAUCACUGUAAUUGUCACACCACAGUUGAUAUGUUAACUUGAAAUUGUUGUUUCGGAAUGUUUUAUGGUUAAGCCUAUCUCGAUCGGACAAUUUCAUUUAUACAGUUAUAAUUAU